AUGAAAAGCAAGAAUAAAGAGCCCUCAACUAAAAGAGAAGAGGUGACUACUGGUGAAGCCAAAGCUGUUAGUAAUGAGGUACAACCCAACGCGCAUAAAUCUUAUGGAGGGAAUAUUACGUCUUAUGGCAAGAAACUUCAGAAAAACAGGUUGAAGGGGAAUGGGGGUGACAAUGGGGAGGAAGCCUUCAUCACUGUGGAACCCACAAAGUUUAAGAGACUGGGUGAGAAGACGACAUUAAGAUCAGAUUUGGCCACUGCACUAGAUAUUCGAGGUUUUCAGAGGAUUACUCGAUUUAAUCAUUGUGAUGUUGAUCAGAUAAAGAAGGAAAUUAGUGAAAAUGAUAUACCGGUGUCUUAUUCUGGAGGUGGUGUGCCUGAAAAGUCUAUACGUAAGGCUUCACUGGAGGAGAUUCUGUGCAGAUUGCUUAGUUUCUUGAAGCCAGAAACUUUCGUCGGAGCUGUUAAAGCCAUUAACCAGAAAAUCCUCUCUGUUUUAGACGAGUCAGAAUCGGGUAGGGUGGAUGUGGGCAUGUUUUUUGCUGUUAUUGCCCCUAUCUGUGGAGGACCACCAGACAAACGGAAACGCUUUGCAUAUGAGGCUCUUUUGUGGCGACCCGUGAAUGAGGGCAGCAACCAGAUAAGGAAAACUGAUGCUCAGAGGUAUAUCAAGCUUUUAAGAGCUAUUUAUAUUCCUUCACACGGAACGAGUGAAAUGCUAGAAAUUCAUGGGGAUACGGACACAUCAUUGGUGUCUUUAGCAGAAUUCCUUGUGAUGUUUGAUGAUCCUGAUUGGGGUUUUGGCAUUAUGUCUACUUUGUUGAAGCUUGAAAUCGGGGAUAGGAACCGUCAUGGUAGCCAUGUUUGUGCAACUUGCCGCUAUCCUAUCAUUGGGCCUCGCUUUAAAGAGAUGAAAUCACAUUUUAGCUUGUGUGGUCAAUGUUACAGUGAAGGAAAAGUACCUCCAAGCUAUAAGCAGGAAGCGUACAAAUUUAAAGAGUACGCAAAUGAAGCUGAGGCGUUGAAAGAUAAGUGCUUGUGGUUUGGUUUGCAUUCUAAAGGCUCCUCACCUACUGCUGCUUAG